AUGGAUUCCCAAGUGUUACGCACUGAACUUGCAAGGUUCAGAUGCACCUUCUUCCCCGCAGCUGCUGCCCAACUAAGAACUAAAGACUUAAUCUCAAUUACCAGGUCCUCAUCAGUCUUGAAGUUGUAUUUUGCUUCAAAACUUUUACGGUUUGGUUCCCUCCAAAGAACCCAAACAAGUGCUGCAGCUAUAAUGGCCAUCCCAAUGAAUGGUGGAGAUGGUCUUUACAGCUACACUAAGAACUGUGAUAUACAGAAAUUUGUUCUCGAUGCAUGCCAAGUUAUGAUCGAGGAAGGUAUUGACCAUAAACUAGAUAUCCAUGCCUCAGCACCAAAAGCUUUUCUUGUAGCAGAUUUGGGGUGUUCCGUCGGCCCCAAUACUUUCACAGCAAGUCAAAACAUAAUCCAAGCCGUCAAUCUCAAAUAUUCUUGCAAGUCAUUCACAAAUGGGGAAAGUACCCCUCAUGAAUAUCAUGUCUUCUUCAAUGACCAUGCAACAAAUGAUUUCAACACCCUCUUUACAUCUCUCCCACCAGAAAGGCAGUACUUGGCUGCGGGUGUACCUGGUUCUUUUUAUACCCGUUUAUUUCCUCGAGAUUCCGUUCAUGUCAUUCACAGCUCAUACGCGCUACAUUGGCUGUCUGAAGUACCUAGUGAGGUAAUUAAUAUCAAUUCUACAGCUUAUAAUAAAGGUAGGAUUCAUUACAGAGACUCUGGAAUGGAGGUUGUAAAAGCCUAUUCAGCUCAGUAUGCCAAGGACAUGGAAAUCUUCCUGGAAGCACGUGCUGAAGAGAUUGUGGGUGGCGGGUUACUCAUGCUGGUAUUUCCGGCCAUUCCAAAUGGGACCUCACCUUCUCUCUGUACAAUUGGGAUACUCUUUGAUCUUCUGGGAUCUUGUCUCAUGGACAUGGCUAAAUUGAGUAAAGUUAGUGAAGCUAAAAUUGAUUCGUUCAACUUGCCAAUGCACACAGCAUUCCCAGAAGAAGCUGAAAAGUUAUUCACGAGAAAUGAAAGUUUCAGCAUGGAAAGAAUGGAGGAAAUACCGUUUCUCAAUCCGGCGAAAAAUGGUACUGUUACAUCGUCAUAUUACUACGAUCAUGUAAGAGCUGUGACUGAAGGGGUUAUAGAAUCGCACUUCGGAAGUGAGAUCAAAGAUGAACUUUUUGAGCAUCACUACCUUAACAAACUAGAAGAGGUCAACCACAUCUUACGAUCUCCCAAAAGUAUUAUGUUGUUUGUUCUUCUCAAACGCAAGGUAGUUAAUUAG